UUUUUUUUUUUCUUUCUUGACGAGGAAGCCGGCGAGAGUGACGAAGAGAAAAAACUAACGAGAAGAGGCAAAGCCUGUGUGGAGCAAAACGAACGAGCAGGGUCACAUUCUCUCUCUUGCCUGUCGUCUCUGCAUUGUCAGUGGAUCGAUCCUUCGGUGUCCGCUUCGUGCGCAGGUCUACUUAAAUCCAAAAUGUCUAAAGCAACAAUAGAUCUCCCUCCAAAAGGUGGAUUUAGUUUCGAUCUGUGCAGAAGAAAUGAUAUGCUAUCAAAGAAGGGUGCUAGGGCUCCGUCAUAUCGGAAAACAGGAACAACCAUUGUUGGAAUAAUUUUUCAGGAUGGAGUUAUUCUUGGAGCAGAUACUAGAGCUACCGAAGGGCCCAUAGUUUGUGAUAAGAAUUGCGAGAAAAUCCACUACAUGGCACCAAACAUAUAUUGCUGUGGUGCUGGGACUGCUGCCGAUACAGAGGCUGUGACAGACAUGGUAAGCUCGCAGUUACAGCUACAUCGCUACCAUACGAACCGAGAUUCUAGGGUUGUGACAGCUUUGACCCUCCUUAAGCGACAUCUUUUCAGCUACCAGGGUCAUGUCCAAGCUGCUUUGGUACUCGGUGGUGUUGAUAUCACAGGACCUCAUCUGCAUACGAUAUAUCCCCAUGGAUCAACUGACACCUUGCCAUUUGCUACGAUGGGAUCUGGUUCUCUGGCUGCAAUGUCUGUAUUUGAAUCAAAGUAUAGGGAAGGCUUAACUAAAGAUGAAGGAAUUAAUCUUGUUUCCGAGGCGAUAUGUGCUGGUAUAUUCAAUGACCUGGGAAGUGGAAGCAAUGUUGAUAUUUGUGUAAUAACGAAGGGUCACAAGGAAUACCUCAGAAACCACCUUUUGCCGAAUUCUGAUGUUUACGCACUCAAGAGGGAGUACACUUUUCCUAAGAAGACUGAGGUUCUGCUGACCAAAAUCACGCCAUUGAGGGAGAAAGUGGAAAUCAUUGAAGGAGGAGAUGCGAUGGAAGAGUAAUCAUCACUGGCGGUUGGAGAGGGUUGAGCUUUUCAUUGGCUCUAUUGCAGCUCCGAUGCUUCAUGAACGGGCGUGAGAUGGGCGCAUAUAAAUUCGAGUAGCUGCUAGCCUUCAAUUCAAAAGCUAGAGCGACUGAUUUGCUUGUUCAUCCUUUGCGCACUUAUGUUUUGUGUAGCACCACCUUAGUGACAUCUCAAGUUGAGCCUUGCUCGAAAGCGCUUGCUGUUUAAUGGAUUUCAUUCAGGCACGGUUUGAACUUU